GCAUGCCCUCCUAACUGAGAAUUUCUGUUGUCGUCUUUAAGCUGUGUGUUCGCCAAUUCUUCUUCUGAUUUGGCGUGGCUGUGAUCGAUGCCUCUGGCUUAUCUUUAUCGCUUUCUGGAUGUGGAGAGAAGUAAUUGAAUUGCUGAUGUCGAUCAUUGGGAAAGUUUCAUUUCACUGCUUGUUUUCUUGUGGGUUCUCAGAAAGAGAAACCUUGGACGAGACCCACGUUUUCUGGACGCCCCAAAUCCGAGAAUUUGGCCUUGAUUUCAUGUUGAGGGUUUGAAAUUCGUUUUCCGCUGGAAUGAGUAAGAUGGAAAAACAGAACGAUGCCGCCGCUGCCACCCCUGCUGCACCGCCUCUAACUUCAUGUCGAAAGAAGAAGGAUGACGCCACCUUUUUGGAGGAUAUAAAGGAUCACAUUGAUGAAUUCAUCAAUGCAUCCGUGCAUGAGCACAAGAGCUGUUUCACAAAGACCAUUCAGAAGAUAUUUGGAAUGUCAAAGGUUGUCGCGGAGAAGAACGCCGCCGCUCAGGAAGUUGAAAGUUCGCUGCCUCUUAAAACGGUUGUAUCAGACUAGAACAUGCUCCUGACGAUUGACAUAGAUUUCCUUGUGGAUGCUUCGCUUUUUCUUUCAGAACGACAUUUCGUGAUCAUCACUUAAAAUGCGACUGGUUCUUAGCUGUUCCCAUCAUGCUGUGAGUUGAAGUCUGGUUAGUUCAGAUAAGUAGGCUUAUGGAAAUGGUGGGGUGUUACGGUUUGACCAGACAUAACCCGCACUUUGCAUGGAUUGUCAUGCGAAAUAGAAAGUAC